CCCUGAUAUUCCCUGUACAAUCUCAUCUUUUUGUCCUUAUACCCUUGAUACCCCCUCAUCUGUUUUUGUACUCCUCAAUCACAACAGCACGAACGGCGCGAUGCUCCUCACCGAGCUCAUCUUGUCCAAAAAAGGACCGCUCGCCAAGGUCUGGAUCUCGGCUCAUCAAGAAAGGAAACUCAGCAAGGCUCAGACGUUGCAGGUCGAUGUCGGAGAGACUGUCGAGGCCAUUCUGGAACAAGAUGGCGAACCCAUCGCACUCCGAAUGUCCGGUCAACUCAUGCUCGGAGUCGUCCGUAUCUACUCUCGAAAGGCCCAGUACCUGAUGGAUGACGCCAAGGACGUGAGGGACAAGAUUUCUAUGGCGUUCAGACCUGGGGAUGUGGAUCUGCCGUUGGACCACGUACAGGCAUCGAGGAACGCGAUUACCAUUCAGGAUGGGGGCGAUCUGGCCAUGGCCAACUUUAACACGGCUUUGGAUUGGGAGGAUAUCGCACGAAACUUCAUCCCGCUCGGUCUACACGUUGCCAACGAAGCAGACAUCACCCUUCCUCGAGCGCACUACGCUUCCUCCAUCCGAUCAUCCUCUAUCGCUCGUGAAUCUGAAAACGGGAUCGACUCUCAAGACUUCGAGUCGGGCGGGAUCGACUUGGGUCUGGACAUGGGGGACGACACGAUCUCGAUCGAAUACGGACGAGAGGCUCGGAGUGAACGGGCUAGCAGUGUAGCUAGUCGGAGGAGGCAGAGGAGUAUGAGCAUGUUGAGCGGGGUCAAGUCGGUGAGGGGGGACGACGAGGACGUCUUGCGACUAGGAUCCGACGCCGGGGACAACGGGAUGGAUAUCGAUCUCGGCGGACAAGAGUUGGACCUCGGGCUGGACCUCGGGGGCGGGUUUGGGGAUGUUGACAUGGGUGGCGACGCCAUGGACGUGGAUAUGAACUUGAACGACGAGGACCGCGAACGAGCACGCCGAGAGUCGACGAGGUUGUCGACCCCUCCACCGCUGGAUGAACAGGAUCCGAGUUCGCUCGGAAGGGACCUGUCGCCAGGGGUGGCUGAAAGGAUCGCGGAAAUAGCGGCUCAGCAGGAACAGAGGGCCGAGAGGGCCAAGCCGAAGAAGAGGGUCAGGAUCGCCGCGGUGGAUGACGAUAUCGAGUUGGAGGACGGGGUCGGGAGGCGGGACGUGACGGCGAUUUUGGGAGAGGAGAACUACUUGCCCGCGUCAAAAGACAUGAUCGCCUUGCUGCAGAUCCGUCAAGAUCCCGUAGCAUUCUACUCGCCUACGGUCAAGAAGAACAACCAGGACUACUACCUGGCUGGACCCGUCAGCGGGAUGGCGGAAGAGCUGGCCGAACUGUUCAUGCUUCCUGUGAGGAGCGGGAUUCGACGUGGACCCAUCGCGCCUGCCGAGAGGGAGGAGGAAGAGGACGAUGUCGAAGUCGGUCGACGGGAUGAACGACGUGCGAGCGAGCGGUUCGGACAGGGUGCAGCGGAUAUCACUUUGGACGAGGAUCUUGGCGGGUUUGGAGGAUUUGGCGAUGAUACCGGAUUGGAACUCGAGCCAGUCGAAGGAUUGGACGACGUUGCCGCCGGCGAACUUGCUAGGAAACGAGACGCCUCGCUCGCCCCCUCCAUGGCAGAGCGAUUCUCUCGAGCGGGAUCAGUGGCACGAAGCAUCAUCGAGGCCAGGGUCGAAGCUUCGGGUCUGUCGGACGAGUGCCCCAUCGCCUUUUUCGACACACGUCUUCGAGUGAAUGGGGUUCCUCAAGCUGGGGGCUCGCAGAGUCAGGUCAGCGAGGACUUUAGAUCGACGUCGACUGGACAGGGGUGGAGCAGGAAUACGGUCAUGGCCGUGGAGUACCUCAAGGGCGAGUUGCAGAAUGGCGAGGACGAGGAUGCAAGUCUGAGCUUUAACGCGGCUGCCAAGGCGUCUUCGAAACGGGCGGCAUCGACAAUGUUCUUUGAGCUACUCAACUUGGGGACGAGGGAUAUGGUCAAGCUGCAGCAAGACACGGCUUACGGCGAUAUCCAGAUUCGGGGCAAGCCGAAGCUGUUCGAGAAUUCCGCUCGGGCGGAGAGUGAAGUGCCUCAGCAGAUCGCCGUCUAGUCGAGGUGUCGCGUGGAAAUGAUAUCUCGGUUGUAUUUCGGAAACCAUAUAAUAGCGAAAGUGUUUGCUGGCCUGUAUAUAUCGCAAAGAAACGAUUGGAUGCCAUAUCGACGCGGCUGUCAGCUCGCAUAACGAUCAAUCCGGCGAGACUCCCGUUGCGCCAUUGUCCGGUGAGUCUGCAUGGCUAUUCUAAGUCAAGGCGGCUC